CCCACUUUCUUGAGACCGCAGAUUGUGUCAAUCAAACCCAAAUAAUCUGGUGCGCAGCAGCAGCAACUCAACGCAGAUUAUUUUCCUCUAAAUAGCACACUGGACAGUUUGACACCUGUUUCUCACAGUCAUUUCUCAGAGGACACAAAAGGAAGGGAGGAAAACAACAACAACAACAACACCACCAAAAGGGUUCGAUUUUAGUUGCGCGUGGAGUGGGCCAGCCAGCGGAGAGAAAACAAGACGUCCAUGCAGGAAUGUUGACAUAACACGUCGAAAGUGUUUAUUUUGCAGAGAUCUUUCUGUACUGGUUCUGAAUCUGAAUCCUACUUGAUGGUCACGACCACCAGCAACAGCAGCAGCGAGGGACACUCAUGGCCCACCGCGUGCACGACCACCAAAGUCGCCUGCCAGUGGCCCAGGCCACUGUUCUGAGCCUGCCUCCUUCCAGCCAAGCAAAGGACCUGAGGCCCUCCUGGACGGCGCUGGACUCCCUGCUGUGUGGCGCGUUCGCCGGAGCCGUCGCCAAAACCGUCAUCGCACCCCUGGAUCGCACCAAGAUCAUCUUCCAAGUGUCCUCAAACAGGUUCUCGGCUAAGGAGGCAUUCGGGGUCAUCUACUGCUCGUAUGUGAAAGAUGGGCUGCUCAGCCUGUGGAGGGGGAACUCGGCCACCAUGGUGAGGGUCAUGCCGUACGCCGCCAUCCAGUUCUGUUCCCACGAACAGUACAAAAAGGUGCUGGGAGGCCACUUCGGCUUCCAGGGAAAAGCUCUUCCGCCGUUCCCGCGAUUCUUGGCUGGCUCGUUGGCAGGGACCACUGCCGCCAUUCUAACAUACCCGUUGGACAUGGUGCGGGCCCGCAUGGCAGUUACAGCUAAAGAAAUGUACAGCAACAUCAUGCACAUCUUUGUGCGCAUCUCCCAAGAGGAAGGCUUAAAGACGCUCUACAGAGGCUUUACACCCACAAUACUGGGUGUCAUCCCCUACGCCGGCAUCACAUUCUUCACUUAUGAGACCCUCAAGAAACUUCACACAGAAAAGACAAAACGAGCUCAGCCGUACCCCGUGGAACGCUUAGCCUUUGGCGCGUGCGCGGGCCUGAUCGGCCAGUCGGCCUCGUACCCUUUGGACGUGGUCCGCCGGCGCAUGCAGACGGCCGGCGUCACCGGCUCCGCCUACAACACCAUCUUGGGCACAAUGCGCGAGAUCGUGAGCCACGAGGGCGUGGUGCGUGGACUCUACAAAGGCUUGAGCAUGAACUGGCUCAAGGGGCCGGUCGCGGUGGGCAUCAGCUUCACCACCUUCGACAUCACGCACAGUUUGCUCCUCAAAGUGCACCAGAUGGGCUUCUCCACCCACUGACUGGCGCAGAUGGGAUAUAUAGAGAUGAAAAACAGAGUUCAAAGCCACGAGCAAUCACUUUUAUUGAGAAAAUAACAACAAUUAAGAAGAAUUGUGUGUUCUAUGUUUGCAGUACUGUAUGUUCUUUCAAGAUUAUACGGAGACUUUACCUUGGUUAUCUUUGAUUUAUAUACAAAUGUGUAUGGGUUGUGACCAUAUAGGGUGUAUGGUUUCUACCUUACAGUAUGUUUCGCCAGCGUCGGGCUGAAACCUACUCUGUCCAAAGUUGGUCAAUUUAUAUUUUUUCCCCAAUGGGUACUAUUGGUCAUUACCCACGUGGGGCUGUUAUUUUUUACAAAUGAUUGAACAAUCUUAAGUUUUGAAAAUGACUUGCUUGUCAUUUUUAUUUUUGUUGUUGUUGCUGAAAAGUGAUGGUUUUGGGGAUCCGAGAUUUCCGCCUGUUGCCAGCGAAUGAUGAAUGUCCCAUGUGAUGCACUGUCAUGGUGAUUCUAAGUGUUAUCAUAAGGAGAUUUUGUAAAAAAAAAAAAAAAAGCAUGUCAUCACUGGCCCAUCAGCAUGCACCAUUUGGACAUUUUUUUAAAUACUUUUUUUUUAAGACCCGUGGCGCAAAUUUAACGUCUCCUUCAUUAUAUAUGAUAACUGGAAAUUUAAAGAGCUGUGAAUGCCGGAUAUAAGGAGAAAGACCAUGUUAAAAAAAAAAAAAAAAAAAAGCACUUAUAGCUUUGUGUUUCGGAUAAAAAGAGGUAUGCGCUUUCAAUGGACAUUAUAAGAGCUACAUUUAUGAACAGAUAUAUGUAGAUUUUUUUAAAGUAAAAAAGACAUGUUCAUUAUAGAUACAAUUUAUUUAGUAUUUCUAAUGUAUAGUUUGCAAUUCAAAGUGAGAAUGACCAUGCAAAAAGAAAGCGAUUAACGCACAACAAUGCAUCAUUUAUCCUCAUGAUGGCGCCCUGGUACAAAUAAUCAUACUUAUUGUGCAGGGUCUGAAAAUAAAAGGUUGCGAAAUCA